AACAACAACAUACAACAACAAACUAUUAAAUAAAUAAUUUAAUAAUAAUAAUAAUAAUUACAUCAAGUUUUGAUAUGGUGAAAUCAUCAGUGAAUGACAAGGAUCAGCAGCUAUCAAUAUUAAAGAGUGUCGUCUGCAAUAAUCAAACUUCUUCUUCGUCUUCUUCCUGCAAGUUCAAGGGAGUGAGGAAGCGCAAGUGGGGCAAAUACGUGUCCGAAAUCAGGCUCCCCAAUAGCCGUGAGAGGAUCUGGCUCGGCUCCUUCGACACGGCUGAGAAGGCGGCGCGUGCUUUCGACGCGGCUCUCUUCUGCCUCCGCGGCGCCAACGCCAAGUUCAAUUUCCCCGAUAGUCCACCGGAGAUUGCCGGCGGCAGGUCCAUGACGCCGGUCGAGAUCCAGGUCGCGGCCUCAGGUUCGCACAUGCGGAGGUCGCGGCUCAAGUUCAACGGACCUGCAGCUCGAAUUCGGGUCGGGUCGACUGUUUGGAUUCUUCGCUGUCCGAUUCAGUGUCGUCGUCUUCCGAGUUAUUGUUACAGCAUGCCGAGUCACCUUGUCCGUCUGUGUCGGACGAGCCGGCUCAGAUGGAUUGUGAAAUGACGGGAAUACCCCUCGAUAAUGACUUCCUGGACCAGUUUUUGGCUGUGGGCACGGAUAAUUACGUCCCUGAUUUCGGGCUAUUUCCGGGACUUGACGAUUUAUCGGCUGAUUUUUUUAUGCCAAAUUUGCCCAACGUUGAUUACUGGCCCGACAACAAUGACGAAUUAUUAUCUUCAGACCCUUCAUUUCUUUGGAAUUUCUAAAUUGGAUAUAUAUAUAUUUUUUUUUCGGGUCAUAAAUUCUGGAAAAAAAAUCAGCUGGAAUUUUCGACCUGUUUUUUUUUUUUUUUCUUUUCACAAUCACAUACUAGGAAGUGUUCUUUCAUUUUUUUUUUUAAUUCUUUACUACUAGUCUACUACGGUGGAUGGAACAAUUUUUGUAUGGCCCACCCACUUUUUUACCAUGCAAAAUUAAAGUUAUAUUUCAUUAUUAAUAUUAUUUCAAUUCUUAACCUAUCUUUAACUUAUUUUAAUUUGAUAGUUCAAUAAGUUUCUUCAAUGAUAACACAAAGUAUAUGAUUUUAAUUGAUUACUUAAUG